CCUAAUAAACACAAACUAAAUUAACGCCGGUUCUCAUCCAUACUUCCCAGGCCAGUUUCAUUAGCCCGUAAACAAUGAAAGCUACAGUGUGAAGCGGUUCACUCUAUCGCUUUUACAGAUGUGAGGCCACGCUAGAGAAUGUCGGUGUUCUAAUCAAUGUACAAUACCUGUGCAUCGUUAUCACCUCCCCACCCCCAGCAAAAGUUCAUCCUGGGCGGGGGAGAGUAAUUGUGUAUGAUUGGCCGCAAAACCUCCCUGCCGCUCUAUCGCGGCCGUGAUUCAUCAGCAAACGGUAUAGUAACAAAAACAGGUGACAAACCAUCAUCGAUAUCGUUCGAGAGCAUUGUUUUUGUGCGUGUUUGUACUUUUAGUGCUGGGAUUCGGGUUUGAUAGUACAAUUAUGACUCGUUUACCUUAGAAACGGUUCGCCACACGAUCAAGCUGGACGUACAGGCGCGCAUCAAGAAGAGGCUCGCGCCACUAAUACGCUGCGCAAUCACACAUUAUCGCAUCAGCAUCACAGUUGUUCGUACUUUUCCGGCAACAUUGUGCGGUGGGCAUAAGUUUAUACAAACAGUGUAAUGCUUCGCUGGUACGUGAAAUAGUUUCCGAUAUCGAUAACGACUGUACGAAGAACGAUCACCUUCGAGGACGGCGUAAUACGUGCGCACACAGUGAGAGUAGUUUUUGAUGUGAAAACGUGCAUUGUGGCCCUAUCGCACAUAUGUUAGCCCUUGUAAUCAAGAUACGGUUUUGCGCGGUGGUGUGUGAGUCAUAAUUCAACCCUGUCUGUCUGCAUGUUUGAAGCACCACGGUGGUGGAGCUUUCAUGCUUGCGAAAAGAUAACUGAGGUAUUAGCGAGAUAAAACAGUGUCCACGCGUCUCGAACCCAUCGUGUGUCUGCGUGUGUUUCUGUGGAUAACCCAAAGCAGGUGCAGCAACACGGUAGUUUGGAACGGAUUUUCCUGGGUGUGGUAAGGUAGCGAUAGGCAGGGGUGGGUUUAGCGCAACGAUGAGAAGUGAUAUGCGCAGGCCGAGUGUACACAGUCGCAAUAGCGACGAAGACACUCCACUGUUGGCAGCUCCCAGCUUAACAUCGAUGGCCGCUUCAACAUCAGCCUCACCAACAGCAGCAGCUGCUUCGUCUACCAGCGCAUCUGCCGGAGCAAAAGUGCCGGGCGUAUCUGAUCGGUUCUGUACAUUCGAACCGAUUCUGGUACUGCUUUGCUUCGGCCUCAGUGUUUCAGGGGUUGUUUUGGCGGACCAAAUUAUCUAUCAAUCGUGCGUCGUGACGCUCGGCUAUGAUCGGGCUCUCUGUGCCCAGCUGGGCACCAAAAGCAACUCCACCGAUGUCGCUCAGCUGGAAACGAUCGUACAACCGUACGCGGCCAAGAUUACGAUGGUGAACACUAUCCUGAUGUCGGUACUGCCUGCACUCUGUGCGCUGUUUAUGGGACCAUGGUCGGACAAAUAUGGUCGUAAGCCGGCAAUGAUCGUUCCCUCGGUUGGGUUCAUCACGACGUACUUCAUGAUCGGCAUACUGUCGCUACUGUCCAAACACUUCCUGGUGGAUCCUUGGUGCUACGUAGUGGCACAUAUACCGGCCGCCGUUUUGGGCGGCAGCACUGUACUAAUGGCCGCCAUAUUUAGCUAUCUGACCGAUACGACGACCGAAGAUAAUCGUACGGUGCGGAUAGGUAUUCUGCAGGCCUGUACCAUGCUCGGUGCCUUCGUGGGACUACUGUCGAGCAGCUUCAUCCUGCAGUGGACGAACGUGCCUACCAUGUUUUUCCUUUCGGCCGCUGCAGUUUCCGCCAGCAGUGCCUUUUUGUACUUCUGUCUCGAGGAUAGUAUCAAACCGGAUGCGAGUAUGGUGCAUCGGCAGGUGCGGGAAAUCUUCCGGUUAAGCCAUUUGUGCGAGUUGCUUAGGACGUUCUUCAAGAAACGAUCAUCGUACGAUCGUGGCAUCGUUUGGUUAACGAUCUCGAUCGGUGUGAUAACAGUGCUGGGAGCCGGUGGAGGCACAGUGUUUUUCCUCUACACGCGUCGCCGCUUUGGCUGGACGAUACAAGAAUUUACCAUCUGGCAGGCAGUGGAGCUGCUGUCGAUCGUGGCAGGCAAUGUGAUCGGUAUAUCUGUGCUUAAAACGCUGCUAAAGCUGCCGGACAUUUGGCUGGCGCUUCUUUCAGUGCUCAACUAUGCGCUCGAUGCCCUUAUCAAAGGUUUGGCCCGACAGGGCUGGGAACUGUUUCUGGCUACCGGCAUUACACCGCUGAAGGCAACCGAAGGUGCGGCACUAAUGGCCAUCUGUUCGUCCAUCAUACCUUCUAGCGAAAUUGCUAAAUUCUACUCGAUAGCGAUGGCUAUGACGAACACUGUUUCCUUGGCCUCUGCGCCAUUGUUCACGUACAUCUACAAUUCGACUGUUGCAUCGGCCCCGCAAGUGUUUAAUUUUGUGUCUUCGGGAAUAUUUUCACUUAAUGUCGUGCUGGUCGGAGUCAUUGCGGUGUUGCUGCGUAAACGAAGGAAAGCUCAGGUUGAUCCACUGUUUACACAAGAUAGCGAAAUCUUAACGUGAAAAACGUGAACGUGCUAAAUGCGCCAUGUGUCGUCCCCGGAAUGUUCCUAGUCAUGCCAAUAAAUAAUAGUUAAUGUA